CAGCUGGUUGUCAGGUAACAGGUGGUGGCGGCGCCGGGCCGUGUACGGACGGGGAGGGUGUCAAUAUGCUAGCUGUACAGGGACUGUUAAUGUUGACGUUGGCACAAGUAAAAGCAAUAGUUUAUUUAAAAUGACCAGUCAAUUAAUCUUUUGGUGAUUUAGGCACCCGUGAAAUAACAGCACGCCGUUAUAAUUUCCGUUACAUGUAUAGCUAGUAGGCUAAAUUUAGGCCUCUUCCCGCACCGACCAUCAGUUAUUUGAACGUCACAGGAACUCACAGUAAACUUGAACGAUUCAUGCUAUUUUAAAUUGCUCUAGAAGUGGAGUAUGUACAUGGUAAUAUGCUAGUGGCUGUUUGCUGCUCACUACAGCUGGCAAACUGACCUAGGUGGGCGAAAAGGUGAUAAAGCGAGUGUGGGUUUGAGCUGGCUAACGUUAGCUAGCAGACUCAAAUGGGACGACUCAUGUGCCAGCGGAGAUCCAGACGGGACGGGAGAGCACCUCCCAAAGGAGACACACCCCUGAAGACAGGACUGAUCAGAGGACCAGGCAAGUUCAGGAGACUUCUGCCCAGAAAACAGUAUGAAACAUUACAAGAGGAGCCUCUGCUGGAUGACACAAACAUCCUCACUGCUAAGACUAGCAUCCAGAUAUUGCCUCAGACCAGCAGAAAGACCUUCGAGUACCAGAGGGUUGUAUGCUUCAAGAGCCCCGUGUUUGCAGAAAACACCACAGCAAAAAAUGUCCCCUCUGCAACACCAGCAAGCCAUAAUGGUGGUUACCACGCAUCCAUGUUUGAUCGAGCCAAUCAGAUGAACCCUGACCCCGAGACGUUCAAAAAAGAGGAACAGAGCCUGACAUUGACUCUGGAAAGCAUUGUAACUUCUGGCACGCAGCAAACCACGUCUGUCAGCUCUGACAAUGAUGAAGAACACUGUUACUCCUCUUCCUCCUACAUGCCCAGCACCGUGCUGUACCCAUCACCUGAGAUCUUCCGCAGAGAGAACUGUGUGGAGUCGACAUUCCAGAUGACUCAGGAGCUGCUGGACCUCCAUCCCCAGGUGAAAAACUCCACCCUGUUAGAUGCGAGCUGUGCCGAGAACAUCUACAUGCAUCAGCCGCCCAACAUGUCUACCAUCCUGGAUGCCUCUGUGUGUCCUGAUGAAAAGGAGCAUGAGAUCAGAGGAACUGAAGCUGAGCCUAGAAGAUGCACAGAGUCAUUCAAAUCAGGUAAAGCCCCCAAGAUGACAAUACCAAAGCUCACCAACAGAAAGCCCAUCCACUACAAGAAAAAGGUACGCUUUAAAAGCCCUAUGGUUGCUGAGAGUAUUGGACCAAAAAACAUCCCAGCUGCCAAAUUACCCAAUGAGGACACCGGUGUCCCGGUCCUAACAUCCAGUCCAGUCAAUCUGAUGACCACUGAUGCAGACAUGUUGGAAGUGGAUAAGAUAAAUAUUGAAGACGACACAAAACCUUGGAGGCUGACACUGACAAGGCCUGCAACAACUAGCCCGGAGCAAGCCACCUUCUUUGACUUUGCUAGUGAUAGUGACAGGGCAGCAUUUUUUCAGAGAUUGAGAGACAGAUAUUCCAGACUCAGAAGUGCUCCUUUAUUUCCUCUUGAAGCUGUGAGACCGACAGAGCCUUCCUUCCCUUGACAUCUGAAGCCUCAAAGUCAAAACUUGCAUGGUCUAGAACAAAAACAUCCAGGCUGAAUUUUUUUUCUUGACAGUUUCUUGCAAGGAAAAACAUACCAUGGGUAGAAAAAAAAUACUAUCUGUGUGCUGACUUUCAAUUUGGGAAGCAAGGCAGGAAUGUAGCAGUUAUCAGGACCAAUCCCACAAGACUUCAGAAGGUCUCUGGUUUGAUCCCAGCAAUGGCCAUGUAUCCUCUCAAAGUAUUCCUCUACCUGUUCACUCACUGUAAAAAAAAAAAAACUUGUUGGAGAGAUGAUGAAAAUGUUAAUCAAAUAUAACAGUCAAUGUGAUCCACCUUAUUUAUAUUUGUGAUAUAAUAAGAAUUAGUUUUCAUUCAUGUAAGUUAAGUGCCUGCCACAAUUUGUGUUAACAUCGGCCUUCACAUUUACUUUUAUGCCCUGUCAAACUGGCCCCUACUUUCCUUGCAUACAAAGUAAAUGUGGUUUGAUACUUUUUUCCCCUGAUGGUUUUUGGCAGGGAGUGACUGAACUGGCCCUUUGGAAGACAUCAGGGACAUAAUGUAACAUUUAGAGCGGGGUUCAUGAAUACACCCGCUCAUUAAAAUGCACUUUACAAUAUACUUUGCAGUAAAGGUGUUGCACACUGCAGGCACUCAUCAUACUUGAUUUAACUUUUUUAUUCAAAAGAUAUGCUGUAUUUAAAAAAAAAAAAAAAA